GUGGGCCAUUUAACCCUUCCCUCCCCCCACCAUCAUCAUUUCACUACUACCCUCCUCCUCCUCCUCCCUUUAUAACCGAACCUUCCCUCCCAUCUUCCUCAUAACUCAUAUCACCAACAACAACACCAUUCACUUCUCUCUCUCUCUCUCUCUCUCUCUAGUCUCUCCUCUAUCAAACAUGGCUAAACUGGGAAAGCUCACAAAACUGAAGUCAGCAAUCAAGAGGUGGCCCUCACUAACCAAGCUCAGCCGCAGCAACAGCUGCGUCUCCUCCAACAAAGAAGGCGGUGCCGCCUCCUCCAAAGAACAGGAACAGGAACAACUCCAUGCUGUUUAUGUUGGCAAGUCGCGUCGGCGCUACCUCGUGAACUCCGAUGUCAUCCGCCACCCUCUGUUUCAGGAGCUGGUGGACAGGUCUUGUGAUGAGGAGAUAGUGGUUUCGUGUGAGGUGGUUCUGUUUGAGCAUUUGCUGUGGAUGCUGGAAAGCGCUGAGUCUCAGUUGGGGUCCAUGGAUGAGCUGGUUGAGUUCUACAACUGUGCAUGCUGACAAAAGUGCUUAGCUAGCUAGCGAUAUCGUAACUGACUAUGAUUGUUUUCUCUUAUGGUGAGAUUAAAGAAACCAAAAGCAAUGGAAAUGUAGUUAAUUCAGAUUGAUCAAAUGUUAUAUAUUGUUAUUUUUUAAAAUUGAACAUUGAAGUUGGCAUGAA